UACACAAUUUCAAGUAUACAAGACGAAGAAGUUCUAUGGCAUCUGAUCAAAUUAACACACCUAAACCCAAAAAACAUACCACAGAUUCUGUGGUCGCUAAUGCUGAAGGAAACCCAGAAUACAAACUUUUAAUACAAGAAGUACAAAACCUGCACAAUCGUGUUAUUUACUAUUUACAGAUAUCAGCUGUAAUAGUAUGGAUUAUACUAGGCAUUGCCAUGAUUGUUGUGGGAGGUCUAUACAAAGAUGACUGCCUCAUUCAGCCGAACAUACCAAUAUUCCUUUUGGUAACAGGAGUUGCGCAUUUUGUCAUUUCCUCCAUUCUACUUCUGAGAAUAUUACGCAACCUAUUUAGUGUGUUUUUAGACACAGUGAUUUUAAUAUUCAUGUUUUCCUGGUUUAUCACAGGAAGCUUCUGGAUUUUUUACAUGUUUGACCAAAAGGAAGGAAAAUGUGCAACACACCUUUACUUAUUUGCAUAUGGCACUAUGACUUUUGAAUGGAUUAUUUUAUGGCUGGCAUGUAUGUGUUAUUGUUUUUCCAAACUUGAAAGAAGCAAUGAGGAUCCUGCUCUUCAGAGGGCCAUGACCUUCCCCCUUGGAUCCCCAUCUCCAACUACACCAUCAGCAACUUCGCAACAUUACUAUUGGACUCUCAACCGCAAGAAACAAGUGAACAUGGAAAUUUAAAGCAUAACAUUUUCAAAUCAAGUGGUAUAGAAAUGUGAAUUAUGUGUUUGCAAAACCAUUGAAGCAUUGGAAACUUGGUAUUAUUUGUAUGUGUAGUAAUUCAUCGCAACAGAACUCAAUAAAAACAACAGUUCCUUUUAUAAAAAUUAUUCCCAUAUCAAAUGGAAUUGUGCACUUUUCUGUUUUAGUAACUAGAUGCUAAGAGAAAGGAUUACUAUCUGAAAUUUGUCAGCCAAUGGAUGCUUUGUGCCAUGUUUGGAUGUUGAUUUUAAUAAUUAAUAAAAGUUGC